AUGGCGCACUCGCCCAGCCACUCCGGCUACUCUUUCUCGUCCGACGAUGAACUUCCCGUCGUCCCAGCCUCCUCCUCUGUGAUCCAAGGCAUCUCCAUCCGCCACCACGUUCCUGUCAUCCUUGACAUGGACGACGACAACUACGGCCAGUGGCGCCUCUUCUUCGACUCUACGCUCGGCAUGUUCGGCGUCAAGAGCCAUGUUCGCACCCUGCGGACCGCGAUGGCGAAUGGCGCAUGGUGGACUCCUGCAUCGUCAACUGGAUCCUUGCCACCGUCGCUCUCCACGGGCAUCUACGACAUGGUUCGCCGCGAUCGCCACAACGCCUUCCUCCUGUGGCACGCCAUUGAAGGCCUUUUCCGCGACAACGAGCUGCAGCACGCCGUGCUCCUGGAAACCGAGCUGCGCUCCCUGCAGCAAGGUGACAUGUCCGUGAACAACUACUGCACCAAAGUCAAGCGCACGCCGACAAGCUGCGCGACAUCGGCCAUCCCGUCUCCGAGCCGAGCCAGGUCCUCAACCUCCUCCGUGGCCUCAACCCCCACGUCAAGCUGGUGA